ACCAGAAGCUCUAUCAUUUGCACAUCCCUUAUAGCCUUGACACCUUCAAAUUGUCCUGUGAUCUCCAGUCUUUCAAAAGACAGAUAAGGCAAGAUGAAGAAAUUUUUGCUCCUCUGUGGGCUUCUGGCUGGGCUUUGUGGGGCUAUUCUUGUGACAGCUCAUCAUGAACAUGGACAUCAAAGGACACUUGUCGACAACAAGUGUCAGUGUGUCCGAGUCACUUCAAGACUGGUUCCUUCUGAAGACAAUCCGGAUGAGAAGGUGGUGGAGAGAAACAUUCGUCUCAUUGUCCCUCUGAAGAACAGAGAGAACAUUUCUGAUCCCAAUUCUCCUGUGAGGACCACCUUCGUGUACCAGCUGUCUCAACUCUGUGGAAAGCAUGACCCCGUCGAACUGGAGCUGGACAAUGAGGUUGUUGCUGCCACCCAGGGCAAUCAGUAUGGCGAAGACAGUGAAACCUGUUACACUUAUGACAGAAACAAAUGUUACACGUCUACUGCCUCUCUUUAUUUGGGAGGGGAGACCAGAAUGGUGACAACAGCAUUGACCCCCGAGUCCUGCUAUUCUGACUAAUGUAAAGGCUCCACUGACCGAAAUAUCUCCCUGCCUGGCAUAGAGCUCUUUGCUUCCAUCUUGCUUCCAUUUUUAUGAUCCACAAGCAUAUGGCCACAAAUAUCUGUUUCUAGAAUGUUCCACAUACCCUUUUUUCUUGUCCCAUUGCAAUGAUGUAAUCCUUGGGAAGGAAUUCUCCAGUGACAUGUCUGUAGGGGAGAUCUCAACUUCCCUCUAGGCCUACGUUCAUUAAACUCAAAUUUUCCCUGUGCCCACUGCUUAUCCUAGUCCCUAGAAAUAUGGGGAAUGAGUUUCCUCAAAUUUGUGAGUCACGCAGAUAAGAGUAGAGCUGAUGGCAUCAUCUCCAAGAAUGACAAAUUAGAAGGUACAGGAAAACACUGAUUCUCUCUCUCUCUCUCUCUCUCUCUCCUCUCUCUCUCUCUCUCUCUCUCUCUCUCUCUCUCUCUCUCUCCCUCCUCCUCCUUUGCUUUGCACAUGCCAAUUUAUUUUGCCAAAAAGAAUGCAUCUCUGUGCUAUUGAGGAAAUACAUAUGCAAAUAUAAUUGCAGCUGAUGCUGUUAUUAGCAAUAUACUAAUUGGUAGAUAUUGAUACAUUUAAAAGUAUUUAUAGAUGUGAACACAAUAUCAAACAAGAACUGCAAUGUCACAUGGAACAGCUAUGGACAUAUUUUCCCCCAAAACAAAGUGAUUGGCAGUUAUGUUGUGUAAAUAAUCAGUUUGAAAAAUGAUUCAUUUCAGGAUUAGUAAUUCAGGUCACCAAGCCCCAUUUCUUAUUCUAAUUUUCUUUCUGUAUAAAAGCAAAAAUUCUAAUUUAAUGAAAAAAUGAAUUAAUAUUAGAACACUGAAGUCCCUGCAUUGCCAUCUGUUAUGGCAAAUAUCUUGUAUCUUGCUUUCAUGCAGGCACUGCCCUGGAUAAUGCAGAAUUGUCUUCUUCUUCUUCUUCUUCUUCUUCUUCUUCUUCUCUUCUUCUUCUUCUUCUUCUUCUUCAUCGUUGUCAUCAAAAAUGUUUGAAGGAUCCUCAAGUUAUUUGAAAAAUUCUGCUCUGGAAUAAUCCAUGUUGUGACUAAUUAAUCUUUAAGCAAUAUGUAUUACUAGAAAUGCAUCCUCUAGCAUUGCUUUAACAAUUAAAUCAUUUCAGAAGCAUC